AUGGAUGUCUUGAGAGAUUCAGAGGAUCAUGAUCUUGGGCAUGCAAUUUCACAUUUCUUCAAUUGUUUCUUCGGAAAUUCUCAAGGUGUAUCUGUAAAAGGUCUCUCUAACAGUACACAAUCCAGAACCCCAAAGGAUCACCUUGGCCAUCAUGCUUCAAGCAAAUCUCCAAGGGGGCAGGCAAGGUGGAAAAGUGGAGGGUCAGUAAGAAAGAAACUGUCGUCAUAUAUGAGUAUUACGUCUGAUAGUUUGUGGUCUGACAUUCAAGAAUUUGCAAAACUAAAAUACCAGUUUGAGUUGCUGGAGGAUGCAAAGUCACGGGCAAAGACAAUUUCAGUCAUACGCAACUUUUGCCAAAAGGUUGGCAUAACCGUUGCAGCUCGUAAAUAUGAUCUUAGUGCUGUGGCACCUUUUCAAACGUCAGAUAUUUUGAAUGUACAACCAGUGGUGAAGCAUUCCAUUCCGAUUUGUUCAGAGGCCAAGGACCUUGUGGAAACAGGAAAGGUUCAGUUGGCUGAGGGAAUGCUUAGUGAGGCCUAUGCGUUAUUUUCUGAAGCAUUUACGAUGCUUCAGCAGGUGACUGGUCCAAUGCAUCGGGAGGUUGCUAACUGUUGUCGCUACCUUGCCAUGGUUCUCUAUCAUGCUGGAGAUAUGGCUAGUGCCAUAAUGCAACAACACAAGGAACUUAUUAUAAACGAACGCUGCCUUGGUCUGGACCACCCUGACACUGCUCACAGCUAUGGCAAUAUGGCUCUUUUCUACCAUGGGCUGAACCAAACAGAACUCGCACUGCGUCACAUGUCCCGGGCAUUGCUACUACUAAGCUUGUCUUCUGGCCCAGAUCACCCUGAUGUGGCUGCAACUUUUAUCAAUGUUGCAAUGAUGUACCAAGAUAUUGGAAAUAUGAACACAGCUCUUCGUUAUCUGCAAGAAGCCUUGAAAAAGAACCAAACACUCCUAGGCGAGGAGCAUAUUCAAACUGCUGUGUGCUACCAUGCCCUGGCCAUUGCAUUCAACUGUAUGGGUGCCUUCAAGCUAUCUCACCAGCAUGAAAAGAAGACAUAUGAUAUACUUGUCAAACAACUUGGAGAGGAGGAUUCUAGAACACGUGAUUCACAGAACUGGAUGAAGACAUUUAAGAUGCGUGAAUUGCAGAUGAAUGCACAGAAGCAGAAAGGUCAAGCUUUAAACACUCAAAAAGCGAUUGAUUUUUUUAAGGCCCAUCCUGACCUGAUACAUGCGUUUCAAGCUGCUGCAGCUGGAGGAUCUGGGAGUUCUAGUGCAUCUUUGAACAAAUCAUUGAAUUCAGCAAUUAUUGGUGAGGCCGUUCCUCGAGGGAGGGGAGUUGAUGAAAGGGCCGCCCGUGCUGCAGCAGAAAUGAGGAAGAAAGCUGCAGCAAGGGGCCUCUUGAUACGACCACAUGGUGUUCCUGUCCAAGCUUUGCCUCCACUUACACAUCUCCUUGACAUAAUAAAUUCAGGAAUGACACCAGAUGCUGUGAGCAAUGAGGGAACUGAUAGAAUAAAGAAAGAAGUCAAUGGUCAUUCUUCAAGUGGAACUGAAGCUGCCCCCGAGGACCAAUCUCGACCAGAGCAACAAGAUCAGACUCCUGUUGGAUUGGGCACAGGAUUAGCGGCUCUAGAUGCCAAGAAGCAGAAAACAAAACCCAAAGCCACAGCUUGA